AUGACUCGCCCACGUAAAGUUCAAUGGGCCGACGACGAUUCUGAUGAGAAUCAGAAUCAGAAAAACAAUCAGAAGAAGCCUGAGUCUCACAAGUCACUGAAGUCGACGACGAUUACCAAAAAAUUGGUUCAAGUGCGCAGUUACAGUGGAUACGCUGAAACCCUGGCCGUUGGUAAGUCAGGGGGUUGUUAACUGUAUUCUCGAUUGAAGGUAGAACAAGCAGCGCCUAAAUUAUCCAAAGCAGCGACUAAUUUAUUAAGAGCAGCGACUAAUUUAUUAAGAGAAGCGACUAAAUUAUCAAAAGCAGCGACUAAUUUAUUAAAAGCAGCGACUAAAUUAUCAAAAGCAGCGACUAAAUUAGCAAGAGCAGCGACUAAAUUAGCAAGAGCAGCGACUAAAUCUGAAAAAACAGUACCCGGCUUUGUCUAAUUUUAGUCUUUCAUUUAAACUUUAUCAUAGUGCUCCGUUCUUCCAGAAAAAAUCGUCCAAACAUCUCCAACCCAACGCAAGGCUCAUAAGUUCGAUAGAAACUUGUCGACAGUUCGCGAGGAGGAAGAUGACGUCAGCGAGAGCGACGAGAAUGUUUGA